AUCAAAGUGUCCGUUUCGACGCCGCAGGGCCCUUGCUUCCACCGUCGUCGCACCUUCAUGGUUGAUCUCGCUGCCGGGAGCAGUUUCGGCCCAGGCACUGUGCCCCUGCACGCCGCACCGACCAUCUGUGCGGGCCAGCAAAACCCGAGCCAAUGCAGGCCUUCGCGCUCUUCGUGGCCCUCCUGAGCCUGUCGUCUUUGGGCGCCGCGAGCGCAUCCAAGUUCAGCCCGGGCCAGUGCCACUGCGACUGCUGCGCGCCAGUGGACGGGGGCGAUAAGGCGUGCACCGCCCCCGUCGGGCCCCUGCACAGCCAGACCAAGACCGACGUGUGCCUCGCGGUGUUCUGCACGGAGGGCGACACGCUUGGGGCCCAGAAGCAGGCGUUCAGCAACUUCUGCAGCUCCAACUGUUUCCCGGACACCGCGGUCCCGACCACCUGCCGCCCCAAGGAUUGCACCGACCAUGGCGUGAACGUGCACUGCGACUGAGCGCCUGAGGGGAGCGGAGGGAAUGAUGGAGUGGAGGGGCGGCAGGCAAAGGGGGGCACGGGCGCCGUAGGCUGGGGCGCGCGGCGCACGGCCGGGGGACCUCUGACGUCGCGCGCCCGUCGUCCUGGGCGCAGGCACGGCAGCUCCGCCCCCCUCCUGCGGACUGGGCCAGGACGAGUAUCUAUCCGCUCCGGAGCACUCUGAGAA